AGACAAAAUGAAAGCAGUUUUGGUAUUGAGUUUGAUCUUUAACAUUUAGAUGAUAGUCAAGGUAGGGCAGCAGUAGAAAAAGCCUCAGCUCUGUCCUCUUGAACAGAGUGACUUGACAAUAUUCCUGCAUCACGAAAAAAAGAAAAACAUUCCUGAAGGAAGUAAAUCAAAAGCCAAUGAGUGAGCAAAUGGUGAUGAGCCUGCGGGUGUCAGAGCUACAGGUGCUGCUGGGCUACGCGGGGCGCAACAAGCACGGACGCAAGCACGAGCUGCUGACCAAGGCGCUGCAUCUGCUGAAGGCCGGCUGCAGCCCGGCCGUGCACAUGAAGAUCAAAGAGCUCUACCGACGACGCUUCCCUGCCAAAAUGAUAUCCCACUCAGAGCUGGCUCUGUCUGGACCGCACCACCCAGCCACUGCUGGAAUGGUGGGAGGAGGGGGCGCCGCGCUGCCCGCUGGCUUGACACAGCUGACUUAUGAGGGGCAUGCCGGUCACGGCGGUGCCCCGUCGCCUGCUGCCCUACUGCCCCUCUCACUGCUCGGCCCUGGGAAGCAUGAGCUGACCGGGCUGACACACCACCUACCCACCUCAGCCACGCUGCAUCCGGUCCAUCCAGAUGUCAAACUCCAGAGGCUCCCCUUCUACGACAUGCUGGACGAACUCAUCAAGCCCACAAGUCUAGCUUCAGACAACAGCCAGCGGUUUCAGGAAACAUGUUUCGCUUUUGCAUUAACACCACAGCAAGUCCAGCAGAUCAGCAGUUCGAUGGACAUCUCGGCGACCAAAUGUGAUUUCUCAGUUCAAGUUCAGCUGCGGUUUUGCCUGUCGGAGACGAGCUGUCCUCAGGAAGACCAUUUCCCACCCAACCUCUGUGUGAAAGUCAACGGGAAGCCAUGUAACCUGCCGGGUUAUCUUCCUCCAACCAAAAACGGUGUCGAGCCCAAGCGGCCCAGCCGGCCCAUCAACAUUACCUCAUUGGUCAGAUUGUCCACCACUGUCCCAAACACCAUCGUGGUGUCGUGGACCGCUGAGAUCGGACGGAGUUACUCCAUGGCAGUGUACUUGGUGAAGCAGCAGUCGUCCACAGUGUUGUUACAGAGACUACGGGCAAAAGGCAUCAGAAAUCCAGACCACUCCAGGGCACUCAUCAAAGAGAAGCUAACAGCAGACCCAGACAGUGAAAUAGCCACGACCAGCCUUCGAGUGUCGCUGCUCUGCCCGCUGGGGAAGAUGCGGCUGAUGAUCCCAUGCCGGGCACUGACAUGCUCCCACCUGCAGUGCUUUGACGCCACACUCUACAUCCAGAUGAAUGAGAAGAAGCCCACCUGGGUUUGUCCUGUCUGUGACAAGAAGGCCCCCUAUGAACACCUCAUCAUCGACGGGCUUUUCGUGGAGAUCCUCAACAGCUGCACUGACUGUGAUGAGAUCCAGUUUAAGGAGGACGGCAGCUGGGCCCCCAUGAGGUCUAAGAAGGAAGUGCAGGAGGUCUCCUCUGCAUCGUAUAACAACGGGCUGGAUGGUUCAUGCCGAACGUCUGCAGGCUCAGAUCAGCGGAGCUCCUCGUCGUCCAGCCACGGCGGCGACAGCAGCAAGAAGGUGGAAGUGAUCGACUUGACACUGGACAGCUCCUCAGAUGACGAAGGGCAGGAUUCACCGCCUUCUCCGCCGCCGCCGCCGCCGCCGCCUCUUCCACCCAAAAGACCAUGUCCCUCAGUGUCCCCGACCUCGCCGCCCAUCAUUAACAAAGGAGUGUUGAACCUGCACCACCAGGCCUCUCCAGUGAGCCGCACCCCCAGCAUGCCAGCGAUGGACACCGGCUACAUCCCUCCUGUACCCCCACUUAUCCAAGACUAUAGACCCUACUACCACACCCCCAAUGACCUGUCAGAGUUGAACUUCUUCUCUUUCCUUCAAGGCGACAAUCAUCAGCAUUACAGCAUGGUGAUGGCAGCGGCGGCCGCCGCUUCGGCCUCCGACGACCACGAGCUGCUCCUCAACCGCUUCCUGCCCUACAGCGCCGCCACCUCCUCCGCCUCCCAGCUGUUCCUCGACCAAUCGGGAGCCGCGACGGCCACAUCGCUGACGGCGCCGGCCAACGGGGCGAGCAGCUCGGGCAGCAGCAGCAGCCUGGUCUCGUCCAGCAGCCUCCGUGACACUCACUCAACACACUCGUCGUCACACUCGGGCUCGCACUCCGCACACACACACCCCGGCGUGGUGGCCAGCCGCAGCAGCGCAGAGGCAGCAGUGGCAGCUAUUUACGGCGGGAUACCUGACGUUAUAUCGUUGGACUGACUAAGAAAAAGAGUCGAGACACACUUUGCGUCCAGCUUUGAUCCAGCGAUGAACCCAGUCACUAACUGUUUGACAGCAGGCGGACAUUUGGAUCCAGAAACCAGACUUGUGGAGUCUUAAUGUCAAGACUGCCUGAAGAGGAGCACUAAUGUUGUGAGUGGGUAACAGGUCUGGGGGGGGGGUUCCGUUCACGAGCCUGACCUGAGAACAGUUCUGAGUCAUCAUUUAAAAGGGUCAGCUGAGGACACCGUGUUGGUUUACUGACUUCAGAUCGUACGUACACCAGCACGUGAGCCCACCACACUACUGUGGUGGCACCAGCCAAACAGCAGAGACGCUACCUGAGCAAACUCACAAAGGAGGAGGGCUCUUCUUUUUUUAACAGAAACGAGGAAUGGCACCGUGUACAGAGAACAAAAUCUAUUUUCCUCUUUUAAUUUUUGUAUGUUAAAUCGGGACAUUUUCAGUCACGUGAGCUGCUUCUGUCGCCGUUUUAAAAGUGGAGGACUGAGGGUUUCAAAUUUUGUUUUGUUUUGUCUUUUUCCCCCCACAAAAGCUUAUACAUACGCCUGUUGCCACGUGGUUUUCUUUUUCUUUUCCUUUACCUCUAUCCUGUUUAAAUUCCCUCUUGCAUUUCUCUUAUCAGAAUCUUCAAUCCUCAGUCUCUUUCUCUCCUGCUCAUUAUUAAAUUCAUUUUGUAUUAUUUCUUCAUCCAAUGGCAAGAACUUUUCAGAGGCUGAAGUGACCUCAUAUUCAUGUACUAAUAAUUUUAUUAUGCUUCUAAGUUAUGUAUGAUAUUUAAACAGUUUAUACACACAUACGUGUACGUGUGAGUGCGUGCGCACGUGUGCAUUCCCUGUGACCUUCAGGUUUAUGCUUUGGGGAGUGUGUAGGUGGAAAUUAACCAUGUUUGGUUUUUCACAAGUUAAUUUCCAGUUCCUUAUAGAGACUCGCUGGUGGCAAACAGCAAUCCGAGACUUUUAGACUAUUUAUACUUUCCAGUUUAGAUUUUAAGCUGGAAGAGAGUUUUUUUUUUUUUUUUUGCACAAUGCCAAAAAAAUAAAUGUAUGGUACCAAUGGAGAUUAUCACAAUAAUCAGAGUGCAGUUGCAUCUGUCUGUGGCCACGGUGUGUUUCCAGUCACGUGUCCAGCUGCUGGUUCUUCAGGCGUGUUAAACUGUAUCCUUUUGGCUUUCGUCUUCUCAAAUCUUUUUUUUUUUUUUUUUUUUUGCUUGACUGUUAAGAAGUAAUCACGAUGGAGCUCAAACUGUUGUAGCAGCAUCGGGCUCUUUAAAAAAAAAAAAAAAGACAGGCAUCCCCAGACAUGUGCCACAGCUCCACUGGAGCGAGUGACCAGGUGAAACUAGUGCCUGUUCAUGUGCAUUACAGCGUGUUUGGAAUCAGGUUUUCGGACUUAAAAAACAAGAAUGUCCCAAUGGUCGCAUCACAACCGAGGCCCCCGUCGCUGUCUCAACUAAAUUUGAGCUGUGACUGAUAUCUUCAAAUGUCCAGGGAUUUAUGUUGUGGAAGAAGAAUAGAGUUAGCUGAAGCAGGCAGUUUGUGCCACAGUGAAAGUGGGUGAUCUUAGCAUGCCAACUUAGACGGCCCAGAGCCAGCUGCUUUAAAAAUACAUGACCUGUCUGGAACUUCAGACUUCAAACACCCUCCGAGAUAAGUCGGUUCGCAAUGUGGAAGUGUCAAAGAGAGGCGGAGGGUUUCUGGAUACAUCCAUGUUGUUGCCAUUCAGCUGAGAACGCAGAGUUUGCUCGUGAAUGUAUCGCAGUUAUAAGAGUGCACUCACCUUUUGUUCCCACUUUAAUCACGGUCACUAUCCACAGCCGAGAUCCACUGUAGUCUGGUCACAUUAGUGGGGACACGCGCAGUCGACCUGGUUCGCCUCCUCCGUGCCCCCGUCAGCCCACCUCCUCCUCCUCCAGCCUGUGCGUCCUUGAAACUUUCCCCUCUAAUCAGUUCCUCUUAGAUCUUCCUCUUCCAGACGUCCGAGACAGACGGCUCACGUCAAAGUCCAAUUAUCAGCACCACAAUAACAUAAUCACAUCUGACAGUAACCCCGUGACCUGACAUCCUCUGUCCUGUCCUUCAGCAGCCGAGGGACUGAGGGGACCGAGAGUGACCCCCAGCUCUUCCCCGCCCGCCUGCUCUUGGCAUCUUUAACUUUAUUCCUUGUUCUUCUCGUGGGAACCAACCCCAGCUCUUGAACCGACUCAGUCAUUUGCUGGAACAACUCUUGUGUAUUUCCUGUGUUAUUAUAGUAUUUUAUUUAUUUUUGUCAUUAUUUCUAUAUAUAUUAUAUUUUUUCAAAUUGUUUGGUCUCCGUGGGUGACAGUGUGAGUCUUAUUUAAUAUGCAUUUUAUUAUUUUUUGCCAGCGGAGUGAUUUUUUUCUCAAAAAGAUUCUGUUCGGUUGUUUGUCAUGAAAAUAUCUGUGUUGACUUGGUAACACUUAAUAAUAAGGGCACAAAACACAUGCUUAGUUAAUACGAGCAUGACUCAUGAUGAUAUAAUGCAUGAAUUAAUUCAGAGUUCAUUAAGAAUUCAUGUUGCUCACCAUUAAGGAAUGAUGGAGUCACUGUGCGUUUAUGUUAGAUAACAUCUAAUGGAUCAUCAAUUAGUGAUUAACUCACUUCAUACAUUCAUUUAAAAGCCACCAAAUUAGCUGCAGAGCCUGUUUUGUUUUGUGGUUGUUGGAUGAAAACGUUAACAUGUUGCUCUGUGAUCCAUCAGGCAGCAGGCGAAACGAAAUCUCGUUAAAGAGUUUGAUACAGAUAUUCAUGAUGAAUCCUGCUCAUUUUGUCGUUCCCCUGCCAGAGUAACUGUAAACUCUGUUGUGCUCUGUCACACUUCAUCCCGAUGGAUGGUCACAGUUCUUAAGCAGAGGGAGGAGAUUCGUCUCAGUGAGGAAGAUUGAGGAGUUUGUAUAUCACACCAUGGACUGAGAAACUUAGAUUGUGACGUAUAUGGUUUGACUAAUAAGGACAUACGGCACCAAGGAGGCAUUGAGUUCUCUUAGCAUAGCUACAUGUGACCCUGAGUAUAGUCAUGUUGAUGAUCAGGCUUUACACCGUCAAUGUCAAAUCUUAAUAAUACCGACAUCAAAAAGGCCAAUCGGUAAAGUUUGUAAAACUUUUAUGUUUCUUGCCUCGAAAAAAGUAGAAGUUUGGGAGAAGAGAUGUUUUCACGGAACAGCGAUGAUGUACAACCUGAUUCCGUCUCAUCUGGUGUUAACUCAUCACAUGAACCUGUGUGUUUGUGCCUUUUGUUAUGAAUGUUACCGUGACUCGCUUUGCUCACGAAGACGUUGUUUUCACUCAUGUCAGUUGAAUAUGAAUCACCGGCGUUUGGAGACUUGGGCUGGUCACAGUUCAUGAACGCAUCUGAUCGCGCUUUAAUUUAUUGUAACUUCUUCUGUCCUCAGACUGUGUUUGUGCUGCCGAUAACAAUCCCUCAAAUGACGUGAGAUCAGCUUGAAUGUUUUUCUGUCGAAGUGCUCUACAUCCUCGGGUCUGUAUGGGAUUACCCCCCCCACACACACACACACACACACACACACACACAAUGUGUUCCGCAGUGUCCACAGCUCCCUCCUGUGGUUCCCCGUUGUUCCCAGAUUUAGCGAGAAGCCGUCAUUAUUGUGCUGGGUUUUCUUUCUCUCUUUCAUUUUCGAACAAAUGGGCCGUUUAUCGCGGGGAGAAAACGUCAGCCCGCCUGCAGGAAUGGAUGAAUGAAAGCACAAGGCCGGUGCCGUCUCAGCCACUCUCCAGCUUCAGUCAAACACAGGUGUGAACAUUCGUGUAGUAUCAACACACAGCAUAUAUAUUUUUUUCCAGCCGCUUUUAUGUUUGCUGAUUUGAACUCUGGGUCAGGACACGGGAGCAAAACCAACGUCCGCAAAGAAUAAAGCGAACGGAAUAAGGCCACUUUAAUCAGCCGCUCCUCUUAACUGUGUUUUCAAGAGCUCAACUCUUUGGUUGUCACAGCGUCUCACCGUAGAAGGGAAAGGUCAACAACAUGUGUAUUAUGUCUGUACGGAAACCUGACAAAGGAAAGUUCCAAUCCAAAUGUGGGUAUUUGAUUGUCUGUGUGUCUGCUUUUAUGUGUUUCAAUUCAGAGCAAGAGAAUAAAUUAAUUUAUAUAUUUUUUAGAAAAUGAAAGCUGUACGAUUAUUGAAAAGAAAAAAAAGGACUGUGGCCAAUAAAGAGUCUCACACAACGGUAAAGAAUCUCAAAGUCAGACUCAAGUCGGUAUCUUCACUCACUGCCUUAAAACAUUCACAGGUUCUGUUUCCACAGCUCCAAUCCCAGAAAAGAAAUCAUUUAAAAAAAGGCUUUUUCAAGGAGGGAAGAGACGACCGUGUACAGUAGACACUUGUCAGUUUGUACAAACAUACCAAGUGGUAAAAAAAAAGAAUAUUUAUUACCUGCAUUGGAAGAAAUUGUUUACUUAUUGAAUGUUACCUGUUUAUGUAGAAAAAGUUUAGAUGUAAUAAAAAUGCAUUCUGGUA